AUGGCGGACCGACGAGGCGAUCCCAAGCAGUGCUCUGGUCCCGCAAGGUUGUCGCUUCGAGUUGCCUCUGUUGCCCGUGCAUUCGAGUUUCGUCGGAAACUUGAGCUCCAUCCGCGCACUGUUCGUGCUGAUGCCGUCGCCGCAGCUGCGGCGCUGCGGCGCCUCGAUCUGGAAGGUAUAGGGGUCUUCAGGGAGCCGCUGAAGCUUGGACAAGGGCUGAGCAGCUGCUUCCAGGCGAAGCACACUCCUAGGCAAUCCAGCGUCCGCGUUCUGGUGGCUGUUCUGGGCGUUCUGCUCUGGGCACGGAUGGCACGGGCCCGGCCAUAG